AUGGGGAUCAUGGUGCUCACACCACCACGGCGGAAGACACAACAGAGAAGCUUGGCGACGGUGGCCGUGCAGUCGGGCGGCGCCCCGGCUCCGAGGAAACGCGCGGCGGCGCCCACGCUGGUGCUCAAAGGGGAGAAGGAGAUGAGCCAAGGGCGUCCACGUUGCCUGGCGACGCAGGCAAGCAGGCAGCUGCGUGCCCGCACGGGCGCUCACAGUGCUGCACGCACGGCGGCCGCGUUGGACAGGGAGCCGAUCGAUGACACUCCUCCAUCGGUCAGCAGGAGUGGCAAGCCGAUUGACUUGUUUGCAUCAGGCCCAGUUUCCUCAAUCGGCCACAAAGCCCCUACCCUGGCUGCUAUCGUGCAUCGGGCUGACGUAGUUCCAUCGGCAGUUCUGACCGACCAACCCAUGGCCCCAUCGGCAUCUUCAAGUCAAAGGCGAGAGAUUGCCCUGAAGCAAGAACAAGACUCCCCCGAUAGCCUAUUUUCCUUCGCCAUUGAUAUCUCCGAAGACGGAGGUGAAGAGGGCCCAGAGAAGAAGGUGCUCGUGUUCGACCUCGGCGGCGGCACGUUCGUCGUCAGCAUCCUGGCCAUCGACAACGGCGUCUUCGAGGUGCUCUCCACUAACGGCGACACCCACCUUGGAGGCGAGGACUUCGACCAGCGCGUGCGCGUGGAGAUCGAGGCGCUCUUCGACGGCGUCGACAUCUCGGAGCAGCUCACCAGGGCGUGCUUCCAGGAGCUCAACAGCGACCUGUUCUAG